CUCUGAAAUUUGCAUAUGAAUGUCAACGUCGGUACAUUCCAGUCGUGUCAUGUGCAUUUACGAACGUUUGAGCGUGAAUAUAAACAACGCAGCUACAAUACUGCUUCAUUUCUUACUAACAAAAUAUUUAACUAUUAACUUUAAAGAAAGAUAACUAACAUUAUUAAAGAAAGCUAUAAUAAUAAAUAAUAAUGUUGCAGCAGUUUAGUCACUGGUUUUGGAGCGAAUCAUUUUGGCUGCCUCCCACGACAGAAUGGGAACAUCUGACCGCUAACAAACAUAACAUUCGUAUUCCACAAACACGCGAUUUAUACAUUGUUGUUCCUUUGACGUUCAUUAUCGUGCUUAUAAGGAUGUUUUUUGAAAGGUAAGCUGUUGUACAGUACUAUGAAUGUGUAUGUGAGAUGUUAAACAGUUGUGUCGUGCAAAAUAUUCGGCAUUGAAAUAUUUCAAAACAGAGGAAUUUUACUAUUCUACAUUCUUUUUAUAUAUAAAUGAAACGGGCGAUAUUUUUGUUAAAAUCAUUGGGAUAGAAUAAUACCCAAUUAUAUGUGGAAAUAUUUAUUAAUAUAUAUAUUGACUAUAUUAGAGCUCGGCAAUUGAUCUCCCAUGCAGCAGUUUAUAAUGAUACACUACGUGUGUUUUGUUGUGGUUGUAAUAUUAAUACUAUGUCUAUGAACAUCUUGAGUUUAUUUUGCUCUGUUUCCUUUGCUCUGUUUUGAAGAAAACAAAAUAUAUGUUAAUUAAUACCAAAACACCCGCCAAGGGUCAAGAGUCAAAGACUCGAGAAAUUGUAACACUUUAUAAAACGGAGUUAUGAUUCGAUGUCGUUCUGGGAUAUCGUUAUCAUUAUUAUAAUUGUUAUUUUCAUGAAUCUGAUAUAGCAAUUUAGAUAUUACUUUACUUUAACGUUAGGAUGCAGCCCCUAUGAUACUGCAUAUCAGACUAUUUAGUGCACUUUUGCCAGGUGUUGUGAGCAUUCAAAGCUACUAUUGACCUCUUUAACCCAUAUAGAGUGAUAAAUGAAGUUAAUGAACACACCCUUAAUUAAUUGAUCUGCUCUAUAUUGAGUAAGGUUGUCAGGGGCGGGGCAUAGGUGGGUUUGAGCAGGGGGGGGGAUGCGAAGGGCUGAUUACAUGAAUUUUUAUCAUAGUUAGUUGUACUCACUGGAUGAUUAUUUAAUAACUGAUUACCUGAUCCUGAUUAUAGAAGAAGUACUGUUUUACUACAAAACAUCAUUUUCAGGGUACACGUCAAAAUAUUUUUUGGGGUGUCCUUUGUUCUUGGGCCAACUUUCCUCAAAUGUUUGCGAAUGGCCUAUAGAGAUGUAAAGCAUUAAAGAUACGGUACAGUCUGAUCUGCGCAUGUGCACAAAGGAGCCCUAUUUACAAACAGUUUAUUUAGGUUUUUAUUUCAUUUGAUGUUCUUGCAAAGCUUGAUUGUUGUGUUUUCAUAAUUUAUAUACUCUUAGAAUCGUGAAAAUAUAAAUAGUUGUGGAAUAAAAUUCAAUAUUUUGGAUACUGAAAUGUAAACAAAGCCUUUGUUUACAUACAGACUGUACCGCAUCUUUAAGCCACACUACAAUAGCAAAGAAAGAAUAUAUAUUUUUAUAUCCAUACUGCAUGUACAAAAUGACAAUAUUAAUACCAUAAACGUUACAUCCCUCUAAUUUGCACCUCUGAUCAUUUUGAUGUGGUUAAAGGCAUCUCUUACCAUGUGUUCUUAUUUGAUGUUAAAUCUUAUCUGAGAGGCUUUCUUGCAGCACUGGCUUACACAAAGUAACUGACAAUUACUUCACUAUGUCUUCUGAAUUUUAAUUUUUCAAUGGUAAUGGGACCAGAGUGCUCAAACGACCACAAGGGAUUUAGUGAGCUUUGUAUUAUUGCUAAUGGACACUCAAUUAACUCCACAGAGUGCUCUACAACACCGAAGUGAAUGAGCGUUAUAGUACAAUCUGCAGACAUGCAUGUUUUGCUGUUCAACGCCUCGUCUGAGUACAGCUUGGUACACAUCUAGAUACGCGAUGCAUUCGUAUUUAUAUCCCAUGAACUUGCUCUCAUAUAUAACAUAUAACAUAUAUAUAUAUAAUAUAUAUAUAUAUAUAUAUAUAUAUAUAUAUAUAUAUAUAUAUAUAUAUAUAUAUAUAUAUAUAUAUAUAUAUAUAUAUAUAUAUAUAUAUGUAUAUUAAUUUGUGUUAUUUGUUCACUCGGUAAGAUGAUAAGGAUGAAAUGUUAUGGAGUGAGAUAUAUCGUAAUUUCCAGACAGCGCGCAGGCAGAAAACUUUGCUUGCCGCGGCUGGACUUCGAACCCGCGACCUUCGAUUUACUAGAUGCUCUACCAACUGAGCUACACGGUCAGGAUGGAUUGAAGACUGGAAAUUACGAACUAUAUACUGAAAAAUUUGCAUGUUGCAGCAAUAUGCAAAUUAGGUAAAGGCAUAAUUAAGCAUGCAAAAGGCUGAUUUUUUAGGAAAAAAUGAAUAGCUAAAGGGCUUAACUAAAGCAAAUUGUUUUUAAAAAAAUUUUUUAAAAAGUAUUAUUAUUGUUGUUAUUUUACAAUCCAUGAUAAACCCAUUCAUGAUAAUGUCAAAUUUCCAUCAACAUCGGGCAAUUUUCUGUUUCCCCCCCCUAACUUUUUCCUCCGAUACACCUAUGAGCCCAAGGAUAAGAUCCUAUUAAAGCAGCGCCUGGCUGAAAAUUUCAUCCCAGUUGACAGGGCUGAAAAUCGUCCUGUAAUCAUUGUACACUGUCGUCAUGUACACUGAUCUCCAACACUAAAAUGAACAGUUGCAUGACUUAACAUGAGUUAAUUACCCACCUACAACAGGAUGCGGAAUUACCCGAAACAAAACAGAUAAAAACUUAAUAGUAAAUUCACAAUAUUAUUUACAUGCAAAGACUGUUCCAUUCCAGAUGUCUUACUUUAUUAGAGCAUGUAAGACAUGGAACAUUUUAAGUUGUGACCCCGGAAAGCAUCAGCCCCGUACACCUACAUAUGUAAAUUCUGAAAAUAAAACAUGUUUUCAGUCUAUAUUAUUUAGGUGCUAUAUGAACUGAAAACUUCACUAAUUAAGGAGGUUGGGGUGAGCAAUAAAAAGUCUGCCUGAUUUUACCUGUCCUUAUAUGACUACAAUGUUUAUAAUUGCUAAUAUUUCAUCAUAUCAAGGCUCCCUCACAAAUCUCGCACAUAAUUUCGAAAAUGUCCGAAUUUCCGAUAUACGAUAUAUACUCAAUCAAUUAUUAUGAAGUUACUUUAACAUGUUCUUAAAUACAGGGUGUAUGCUGUAGCAGACCCCAAACUAGCCAUGUCUGCAUAAAAUUUUCACAAAUCUUGCGGAAUUUGUAGUGUAGCGGACAUUUUCUUAGCGGACAUUUUCUUUGAUCUAGAAAAGAAGAACGAAUCCAUUACCAUAGCGGGAAAGAGUAUCUUAAAAUGAGUAACAUUGCAAAGUUUGGUUGCGAAUUGUUGUAAAAUAAAGAAAAUAUAGUCCUGUGAAGUUCGCAAAUUUUGUAUAUAUUUGCAUUACGCGCGGGAAAAAUAACCAUUUUUGAGCCGAAAGUGGUUAUCUUUACCGCGCGUAAUACAAAUAUAUACAAAAUGUGCGAACUUCACAGGGCUAUAUUUUCUUCAUUUUACAACAUUUAGCAACCAAUCUUUGCAGUUUUACUCAUUCUAAGACGCUCUUUCUAGCAGUGGUGUUGGAUUUCGUUCUUCUUGCUUUGAUCAAAAUUUAGUCUGUAGCUGGAAUGACCCAUUCAAGUUGCGUUUUAAGCCAUUCAUUUCUGUGCGCAAACCAUUUUUAGGGUGGUUUUUAAAAACAACCCUCCUGCACCCGAAAAUUUACUUUUCAAAAAAGUUUUAGUGGUAAACAUACUAGCGGUAAACUUUAGUGGUAAACAUACUAGCAGACCCCAAACUACUCAUGCAUGCUGGCAUAAAGUUUUCACAAAUUUUGCAGUUUAGCGAACAUUUUACGAACUGUGCAGUUUUUUUAUACACCAUGUAUUGUUUUAUGUAAGCAUUAAGUUAUAUUCUAAAUGUGUAACUGUUUACCUUGAUGCAAACAAUGUCAAUGGUAAGCAAACACAUUGCCAAUUCAGUAGAAGCAAAUACCAAUUGCAAGUACCAGUUAUAUUGCAUUGGCAUUUGUGAAUGUUCAUAAUAGAUGAUGAUAGCCACAGUCCAGGGGCGCCGGAAUCAAUGUGAAGCGGCGGGGGCAUCCAUUUCAAAAGGGCACUUGCUUCUCAGCCGUCAUUUUUCUGAGCGGCCAUAUUUGUUAAAACUUCUACUGUAUGGAUACUCGAUUACUUGUGACUAUUAUGGUCGGCAAACUUGCACAUUAAUUUGAACAAUUUUAUUCGUUGCACUGUGCUAAACAGGGUUCGAAAUAACGUACUGAAAAUAUGUCAAAUUUUGUAGGCUGUUUUGGUAGGUGAAAUCUUUGCCGGCUGUUUUCCAAGCAAAGUUUAGUUAUGUUCUGGAGUGGGCAUAGGCCAAAUGAUAGUGAUGUAAACCAACAUAACAUUUGUAAGAACACGGCAAUACAUCUUAUAUUAUUUGGGGUGGAACAAACAUUAACAAAUUCUGUGUGAAUCAGUUCAAAACAAUAAGAAAAUGUAGUUUUUAUAGCUCAAUAGAACCGAAUUUAAACUUUUUGUUAAAUAAUCUAUAUUAAUAAAUUCACCAUGCAGUCACGAUCACUCAGUCAUUGCUUCUCAUUCCGUCCAGGAGAGGGUCUUCACUCCCACUGAGCAGAGAUAACUAGCAGGAUUUCUUCACCGGUUCUGGAGCAUCUUCUUCGAUACAUUCCAUCUUCAUUUUCCUCACACUCCGAUUCCUCUUCGCCCUCAGCUCCAACGUCUUUCAACCAAUCUCUUACAAAUUCUUCCCUCCCUGUCUCUCUUGUCCUCUUUGAUGCGUUUCCUCUUGCAGCAUACUGUUUUCGUUUCCUUUGGGUCUUCCUCCGUGAUUUAUCACUCUUCCAGAGGUCCACAGCAAGCUCUCCAAAACGCUCACAGAAAACCUGCAGGGUUGGACCUGUCACUUUAUUGCGCAAUAAAUCAGUCAAGUUACGUUCAUUCAACCUGUUGCGCCAGCCAGACUUGACUACACGCAAGUAUGACAUGAACGACUCGCAGAUUGCAUUCCGUACGGGCAGCAGAGACACAACUCGAUCAGUGCCCAUACACAGUUCCCGUGCUUCCUCCAGCUUUAUCUUCCAGACACGGAUCUGCUUUCAGAGCAUAAAAUCAGUAAACGGACGCAUAUUACUUGAUUUAGCAUUAAUUUUACUGCAACUGGUUAAAAAUUAAGCAAAGAUUGCUUAAACAUUGUUUAAAAAUAUGUGUGCAGUUCCGGUGAAAAGGGCAACCUGUUGCCCCCGUGCUGCCCCCGCACUGUUUGGGCAAUGGGGGCGGUUGCCCCCGCUGGCCCCGUGGCUCCGGCGCCCCUGAGCCACACCUAGGGUAAAAUUGGAAUGCUUCACCCCCUCCCCUCCUACCUCCCCAUCCCAAUUAAAAGGUCCAAGCUAUGCCACUGUUACCUUCCUACUCUAUAUAACCACAUCACCAACCCACUCACUUCAAAUUAAUGCAGCAUUAGUUCAUGGCACAUAGUGUAUGAUUAAGAUCAAUCCAACAGAAACUAAAAAGUAUGACAUUUAACUCCUUUCCUUAAUUCCUUCUGUAUUUUUACAAACUUAAAUUAUGAUAUCAGACUGUGUUAUAUUAACUAGCAUCUGCGUGCAACAAUGAACAAUCCGAAACUUAAAUCUUAAACUUAGAUCCGGAAAAUGGAAAACUGUUAAUAAGAAUAACUUGGAUUUGUUAGCAGUUUUGCUUAAAGAAUCUUGCACAUACACAUGGCUUAUAUUAAAUAAACACCAGUAAUUCUAUUCUCUUUCAGGUUUAUUGCCCUGCCUUUACUAAAACAAAUUGGUCUUAAAGAAAGAAAUAGCCGUAAAGCUGAACCUAACAUUGUGCUGGAGAAAGUUUAUAAAGAUUUGACAGGGAAACUAGAAAAACAACAAGUCAAAACACUUGCAUCAAAAUUAGGAUGGACUGUUAAGCAAGUUGAACAGUGGUUUAGGUAUAAAAGAAAUAACAGCAAACAAUCAAGGUUGACAAAGGCAAAAGAAUGCAGGUGAGAACGCAGUCUGCCAGUCUUUUUAAAGAGCAUGCACGAAAGGGCUUGAAGUAUGCCUAGUAUUUAAUACGUAUUUAAUAUGUAGUUUUCUCCAAGAGCAAAGACUCACGUCUACAUGCGUAAAAGUCCCAGCUUGUCAGCAAGAUUUGUGUUUGUUAGUUGAAAUGAUAUUGAGUUACAUCCGCGAGCAGUUAAAGCGAGCCGCCAUCCAAUGCCCUGCUUGUUCCGAGUUGUUGACAAGUCUGGAACAAGUUGUCUCCUAACAAGGUUGAUAAGGUCAACAGACUCGCAACAAGUUGUUCCAACAAGUCUGACAUUGUUUACACGUAACAAAUUGUUAACAACUUAAUGAUGACAACAAGCUAAUUGUACAGUAGCAACUGACUUGUUACGAACGGCCUGUAAUAGUCUUGUUGGAACAACUUGUAGCAAGUCUGUUACCGUUAUCAAACGUUUAACGAGGCGAUAACAGCUGGUUCCAGACAACUGGGAACAACCUAGAUUUUGUGCAUUUACUAAUUAAAAUUGUUUUCUGUUUCAAAUGUAAAGAAAGCAUCGAUUCACUAAAAAUAAUAUUCAAUUUGUUGACGUUUUUAUUUUUAGUUGGCGCUUUUUCUUCUAUACCACGAUAUGCAUGUGGGGAUUUUAUGUACUUAGAAAGG